AUGCGUCCUUGUCCGCACAUCUCGUACGCGCCGCAGCACCGCCCCGACGGCACCUCUGUCAACUCUGCACGCCGCCGCAAGGAGCUGCGCGGCUACGACGCCGACGAGGAGGAGCCGACGAGCUCGAGAUCGAAGCGCAAGAAAGGCGCAAAGGGCAAGGGCAGCAAAGGCAGCAAGAAGCGCGCACGCCGCGACAGCGACGAGGAGAAUGACGAGCGCGAGCCGUCGGGCAGUCGUCACUCGACCCGCACGCAGACCAAGCGUGGCGCGUACAAGGCGCCGUGGCGCGUCGACGGCAAGCUGUACCGCCACAAGGGCGGUCCUGCCGAGGAGGCACACGCACGCAUCCCGCUUUUCAAGCACGAGCAGGCGCGCUACGACAAGCUGGCCGCCGAGGCUGCAGCCGCAGCAGAUGAGGAGGAAGAGGAGGGCUCGGAUGCGUCUGUCGUGGAGAGGCUGCUCUCCGAGAGCGAGACGUCCGACACCGCCGCGCCGCAGACCCCUCCGGCCACGCAGGCCAAGGUGCUGGUGCCCGCGACGCCCGAGGCAGACGCAGCUCCUUGGGCCAAGGCUGCCGCCGAGCAGCGCCGGCAGUCUGCGGCGCAGAGCGCAAAGGCUGCGCCGCCGCGCUCCAGCAGCUCGGCCAUGCACGCUGCCUCGCGUUCCAGCGCCUCGGCCAUGCGCUCCACGUCCGCCUCGAGCGGCUCGUCGCACCGUUCUGCCUCGCGCUCUGGCUCAGCACCUCGACUCGCCUCGGGCGCGGGCACGGCACCUCGGUCCGCCUCGCGCCACAGCUCGGGCUCGGCACCUCGACUCGCCGUGAGCUCCCGCUCUAGUAGCUCGGCCUCGGGCUCUGGCGCGGCUCCUCGGCCUGCCACGGGCACCGCCGCUAAGCGCGCUGCUGCUGAGCGGUUUGCAGACGACACCGACAUUGAGCUCGCCAGCGGCACAUCGGAGGAGGAGGACGACGAUUGA